AUGCCCGUACCGGGCCAAUAUCCCGAGUUAGAUGCUGAGACGAGGGUUCCUAUCCUCGUUGGCAUCUCGGUAGCGUUUGGUCUGGCGACGACUAUUGCUGUCGCCUUGCGACUGUACACUCGCUUUUUUAUCGUAUGCGCUAUGGGGUGGGAUGAUGCUACCAUCGCAUUUGCUCAGCUAUUAUCUAUUGGUGUCUCCAUCAUCACCAUUCUACAGGCCAAAUAUGGUCUCGGCACACACGUGUGGUUGACAACGGAAGAAGAGAACAUGGCCCAGCUCAAGGCCCUCUUCGCUGGCAUGGUCAUCUACAACCUCUCCCAAAUCGUAACAAAAAUGUCCUUCCUCUUCCAAUACCGCCGAAUCUUCUCCGAGGGCCGCACCCGCGUCGUCUGCCUCGUCCUCCUCAUCUUCCUCGCCGUCUGGGGCGUCGCGCAGGAGAUCCUCGUCGGCAUGUCCUGCGUGCCCGUCGCCGUCUUCAUUCCCAGCCGCAUGGGCAAGUGCAUCGACGCCCUGACGGUGUGGUACCUGACGUCCAUCAUGAACAUCGUUACGGACUUCAUGGUGUUCACGACGCCGAUGCCGGCGGUGAAGAAUUUGAAGUUGAGGAAGAAGCAGAAGUUGAUGGUUCUUUCUAUUUUCGGGCUUGGCUUUUUCACCUGCAUCAUCUCCAUCGUUCGUCUCUUCACGCUCCGUAGCGCCGUCAACACCGUCGACCCAACAUGGGACAACGUCCCCACCUCCUACUGGACCGUCAUCGAGCUCAACUGCGGUAUCCUCUGCGCCUGCCUUCCGACACUACGACCCCUCCUCCGCAAGAUACUUCCCGGCAUGUUCCCACAUACCGAGAAUUCGUCGAGACACCACCGGCGACCUAGCGAUGGCGGCGGUCUCGAAUCCGGCCACAACGCGCUGUAUGCUAAGAGGAGCAAGCCUCGAGGCAUGUACACGAUUACUGGGUUUACGAACUUGGGCAGUGCUGAGGGCUUGAAGGAGAACGCGGCGACGUAUGAAGUGAGCGAGUACGCAAACUAUCCCGGAAACCAAGUGAAGCUUACUACGUCCAUCUACGGGAGUCGAGAUGGUGUGCGUCAGGGGAAGGAGUAUGGGCAAGAGAUUAGGGUGACGACGGAGAUUGGGAGGAAGGAGUCGACGAAGCCGUCUGCUGGGACAUGGGCUUGA